AAUCCUAACCACCCGAUUUCCUAUAUAAACACAUUUUCUUUCGUCUUUUCAGGAUCGUUUACCAUUUCUCUCUUUCUCUCUCUUUGCAUUUUGUCCUUCAUUUUCUUCUUCUCUGUAGAGAAUCUCUAUCUCUCAAAGGGAUUCCGAGUCUUGCAAUGUCGACGGAGAAGGAGAGAGAGAACCAUGUCUACAUGGCGAAGCUUGCCGAGCAAGCCGAGCGGUAUGAUGAAAUGGUGGAAAGCAUGAAGAAAGUAGCAAAACUUGAUUUGGAACUGACAGUGGAGGAGAGAAAUCUCCUAUCUGUCGGUUACAAAAAUGUUAUUGGUGCUCGACGUGCAUCGUGGCGCAUCAUGUCGUCGAUUGAGCAGAAGGAAGAGUCAAAGGGGAAUGAGCAAAAUGUGAAACUAAUCAAGGGUUAUCGGCAAAAGGUAGAAGAAGAGCUCUCUAAGAUUUGCAAUGACAUUUUGACCAUCAUAGACGAGCAUCUGAUCCCUUCUUCCAGCUCUGGAGAAUCAACCGUUUUUUACUACAAGAUGAAGGGCGAUUACUACCGCUAUCUUGCAGAGUUCAAGAUUGACCAAGAAAGGAAAGAAGCAGCUGAUCAAUCGCUGAAGGGCUACCAGGCUGCUUCCAACACUGCAAGCACAGAUCUUCCUUCAACCCAUCCAAUCCGCCUUGGUCUUGCCCUCAACUUCUCAGUUUUCUAUUAUGAAAUAAUGAAUUCCCCUGAGAGGGCUUGCCAUCUGGCAAAACAAGCAUUUGAUGAGGCGAUUGCAGAGCUGGACACACUGAGUGAGGAGUCAUACAAAGACAGCACUUUGAUCAUGCAGUUGCUGAGGGACAACCUCACUCUCUGGACUUCAGAUUUACCUGAAGAUGGAGGAGAAGAUGGGUUCAAGGGUGGCGAUGAGCCCAAAGCUACUGAACCUGAGCACUGACGGGGAAAGGCAUGUGAAAGAUUGACAUGGGUUUUUGUGUUGUGGAUGGAUUGACGGAGACUCUUUAAUUAGCUCUCUCAUAAUAUCCCUCUCAUAAUAUCCAGGUUUUAUUUUUUAAAAGCCUAAAGAAGACAUUGCUCUUUUUUGGCUCUCUCUCUCCCUCUCCCUUUCUUGUUCUUCCAUUCUCUUGUUUUUCUGUUAUAAUGAUGAGGAGAUUUUCUUGUUCUUUUUCUUCUUUGUUCUUUCUUUUCAUGGGCAUGUCUCCUUCCCAAGAGAAUUCUCUUCUCCAUGUCAUGGGUAUCUUUUGCGUAAUUUUUACACGAUAGAUGUGACUACCAUAUAUGCAUGCUUUUGUUCGA